CUCCUCUCUCUCCGAAGAUUCCUCAUCUUCCUGAUUCGCUGCCAAUUCUGUCGGUAAAAACUGUGUUUUCUAUGUAGAGUUUCGGUGCCAGGGAAGGAGUGUUGACAGCUUUUUCUUAAAUCGAUCGAUGUCCAUCGUGGCGGCAUUCUGAAUUUUGUAUAUGCGCGUGGAGAUAGGAUUGCGCUGUAGGAUGCGAUGUCGUCGCAUUACCUUGCAAAACCUGGACCGGAAAUAGUGAUGAUGAUCAUUACUGGCGAAUUUUUGAUAGUUCUACGAGAGGGAUUUUUUAAUUCGUAGAUAAUGUUGUGACUCGCAUGGUCGAACUUGAUUUGUGAGUGUAUAGUAUUGUUACUCACAGCUCAGGUCGUCUUCAGAGACUCGGAUGUUAGGCUGUUCAAAGCUGCCCGACAAGGCUUCCUUCUUUGCGCUAGGGAUUAGGAUACAGACUGGAUUAUCUGACUCGGUUUGUAAGGUUCUCAAUAUCCACAUUCUAAUCAUGAGGUCCCCGAUUGUUCAAUUCGCAUAUAAUUGAUGCUGCACAAUUAGUUUUGCAGUAGAAUGUACUUUUUCAAUGUCAAAUUUUAAACGAACGAGACUCGUUUCAAGGAAGCACUUGGUUCAGCACUUGAGAAAGAAUUAGUCGAGCUUUUAAAUGAGAAAAGCUGCUCGUGCUGUCUCAAGUGCUGGGGACUGGUAAGGAACGACGUAGCGGAGUAAUGGAAGAUGAGACGCGAAUGAAAGAGAGUUUACAUCGGAGAAUACUAGGGGAUAAUGAAUCUUGUCAUCAGUCGUUGUUGCCGUCCACGAUGCCGCCACUUGGUCUUGGAUCAGGUUCGGGGCUUGGAAACCAGAAUGGUAAAGUGAACAAAGCAUCAAUAUCCCCUUUUAAAGCGGCCAAAACGAAAACCCCUUGUGCGGAAUCGCGGGAUUGGGGAGUGAAUGCACGAGACGAGAAAGGCCGGACAGCUCUGCAUUUCGCAUCCCGGAUGAUUUCAGCAGAUUUUGCGCAUCUAUUGUUGGAUGCCGGUGCAGACAUACAUGCGCAUGAUAAGGAUGGCUAUACUCCACUGCACAUGGCAGCCAGCUAUAGCCGGUGUGAUUGUGUGAAACUUCUCCUAGAGCAUGGUGCUAACGCACUUUCUCACGAGCGAGAAGGGCGGACUCCUCGAGAACUCGCAGUGAAGAUCCGCGAUGACUGUAAUCAACCGCCAGAGGCGGUGAAAGCUAAUCGAGGUGACAUUGACCUGACCAUACAAUUGCUGACUGAUGCCGAGAGCAAGUACAGUGACACUUCUGUACAUGAAAAAGGUCACAAGUCGUCUAAAACCUCGUAUUCAUCUGCUCCCGCUUUGGGUGACAUUGGAGAGUCCCGUUCGAGCGUUCCGAACAAACUCGGCAAAUCCAAGUCAUUAGGCUCAGUGGCUUUAGGAAAUGCUCUCACAGUGGCCUGCAGAGGUGGUCAUGUCGAUGUCGUGACGUUUGUGCUGUCAAGUGGUGCUCACGUAGAUACCCAUGAUCCAGAUGGUGCGACACCCCUUCUGGCAGCAGCUGACGGUGGGUUUUCCAAUUGUAUCCAGUUGCUACUCAAGCACGGAGCUAAUGUAGAUGCCAAAGAUCGUGUGGGUGUUACAGCACUUAUUGCUGCAGCAUAUAAUGGACACUCCGAGUGUUUAAAGGUUCUUCUCAGCUACAAUGCCUCGGUAGAUGCAAGAUCUCACGGGGGUGUUACAGCUCUUAUUGCUGCUGCAGAGGGCCGUAAUGGCGAUUGUACUCAAAUUCUUCUUCAGGCCGGUGCACAGGUAAAUGCAAGAACCUCAGAAGGAAAAACUGCUCUCGUUCACGCUGUUAGUCAUAACUGCGUAGGAGCUACAGAAGUUCUGUUGACUGGAGGGGCUGAAAUCAAUGCCGCUGAUGGCGACGGUUGCACAGCACUUCAUCACGGAGCACGAAACAACUCUGUUGAUUGUCUAGGAAUCUUGCUGGAAAGAGGGGCAGACGUCACUCGAAAAUGUCGGCGGGGCCGAAUGCCAAUUCAAGAAGCUCCGAAGGGUAGUCAAGCUGCUAAGUUGCUGGAGGAAAGUUGGAAGAAGCUGGAGUCCGAAAUCGCAAUGCGGCAGAUGGAAGUUCUCAACCUCUUUGCAGAAGACAGAAACGACCAUAAGUCCAAUACAUCUAAAAGGACAAGCACACGUCAUGCACGCGAGAAGAAGAGCGGGAGGAGGAAGGAUCCACUAGAAAAGACUGACCGAGCUAAUCAAGACCUUCCGAAUCGAGGUGCAAUAAUUAAAGCUGACGAUGAAUCCACCUUUGUGGAUGAGUUGUCUUCAUCUCUAGGGUCGGGGGUUGUAGUAAACCAAGCCCCUUCAAGACUUAUGUUAGGAGUCGAGGAGGAUUCUGGUCCUGGUAAAAGUGUGCAUCUUUAUAGUGGAGUAAUCCCAGACAAAAUUGGUAAAGAAGCAAGCUUAGUGUGCUCACCGAUCAUCAGUAGCGUGAGUUACAACUCUGAGGCUUCUACACCUUUCUCAGCGGCUGAGAAUGUCUUUGAGAAUCGGGACGAGUGGAUAAAGGUCGACGGAAAGCGGACAGCAGCUGUUGGGUCUCCUCCUAAGACCAAUGUAUCUCAGUCCGAAACUCGAGGCGUUACAAGUACAGUAUCGUUAAUGGGACCUGCUGAUCAUCUUUUGACCGAAAGAAAGAUAUCUGGCGGUCAAUCCAAAAAGUAUAUUCAAGGAGCAUCGAAAAUUUUGAAAGAGAAUGAUUGUAGGAAUGCUGAGUCUUUGCCCUGGGUACAGGCUCUUUCAAGAAGAACGCACUCCAUUGAAGAUCGAAGUGCAAGACCUUGUCUUGAUGCUUCCUCGAGAUCUGAUUCUCUCUUGGAACGCAAGGCAGAGGACAAUAUGUGGGAGAUUGCAGGUGAAAAUCAAAGCGGUACAGAAGAAGUAUUGUCUAAUCGCGUGCAGCGUAUUGAGCUUGAGUUGGAGCAGGCAAGACAAGGUAUUCGUGCUGAUAUGCAAAAGGUGAAAGAACUUGAAAGAUUGUUGUCUGCACCCCAACUUGGCACAUCGGAGACCAACUCCGUGCAAGUAUUGGAUUUGACGCGUUCAUUAGAAAUCCAAAUCAGAGCGCGUGUGCAAGCUGAGAACGCAAAUAUGGACACGGAGUUGCGCAUUCGUGAUUUGGAAGCAGUUGUUUCAUCCCAACGAAAGGCCCUCGAAAGUGUGCAGACGGAAGUAGCUGAGCUCAAGCUGCAAAUGCUACGAAGGGAAGAACAACGUAAACAAGAAUGUGAACUCCAAUGGAGAGAAUCCAUAGCAGCCGCAAUGGCAGCAGCCGCAGGCAGUUGUCGCGCUUGGGAACUUCACCAUUCUCGGGAAAGCUUGCGAGGAUGGAUCUCUGAGAGUGCAGAAACAUUACGAAGUGAGUUUGCCCUCCUGUUGCUUCGUUCAGGCUCAGGAUACAAGAUGGAUGGGUACCCUUUGACACCCGCUUUCUUUAAAUGGCAGAAGAAAAGUGGAAACGAAAGGAGCAGGGAAAAUAGCAUUGAAUGGAAGUCCACAGCCACCGCUGCAGCUAUGGCUGCAGCAUCCAUGAUUGGAAUCAAGAGUUGCUCAGGAUGUUCGGCUCUGGAAUCACAUUCCUCAAGUCUCCCGCAUAAUGUAUCAAGGAUUAGCUUGGUGUCUGAGACUCUGUUGCAAUCAGGUGUACCAGAAUGCACUUGCAACCAGCAUGAAUGCGACGUGACUGAAGCUCACGAAGCUCCGACUGACCAGGAGUCAAGUAAAGUCGGUAAAGGCAUGGUUCGUUCUGCAAGUGAAGGCUCGUUGCAAUUUGCAGAUAGCGGGGCUGAUCAACGAGCUCAAGAUCUCCUUCCAUUCAUACCCAUGGCAGGUCUCAAAACAGACCCAGUCACUGGCUGGUUCAGCCUCGUUCCCAGCCCAGUGGAGUAACGUUUACAUCGUCUGAUCUGACAACAGCGUCCUUUUCGCACCAUUUGUUCACCUACAUUCGACCUCUUCAUUGCUAAGAUUUUGUGUGGAAGCCAUCGAAGUAUGCCAAGCGGAUAAAAUUAUCAGAACAUGUGAAGGUUAUUGCUGGCACGGUGUGAUCAUGUGCUCCGUUGAAAAGAUCAUUGUUUGCGGUUUUUCGAGUGUGCACAGGUAUUAUCUCAACUCAAUGAUACUGGUUAUGAAGUUGCUGGAUGGAGCACAAAAUCAAACCAAAUUGAGGCUGAAUUUUAAGUGAGAAAGUUUUUGUCUCACCAGAGCAUGUCACAAUGCAGUAUGUCUUCACUCGAGUCAUUCGAUUUAAUGACCAAGUUCUCUUCUGGUGUUGCAGUUGUUCAACCCACACAAUGUGCAUAGAAAUUUUAUACAGCAGAAACUGGUAGGAUGCCCCCCGUUUCUGUGUUAGCACCAUCUCCUGUCCAAUUGCUCAAGCGUGGCCAAGAGGAAGGUGAUAGCAGGACAAAUACAUGACAUAUACGCAGUCAUGGAAACUUCAUUUUUAACAAUGUAUAAUCGAUGUACAACCAGAAGAAAAAUGAUAAAAUGCUUAGGGUAUGUAUUUAAAUACUAUUUUGAGAAUAGAAAAACAUCAAAACCAAUGAUGCAAAAGCUGUUCCACAAGGUGCAAAAUUUACAUCAUGAUGUACAAAUUUUACAAUUCAAUGUUUUUCCAUUGAUUUAUAUUUA